AUGGGGAAGAAUCGCGGAUUGAGGAGUCUAAGAAUUCGAGACUACUCAUGUUGUGAGAAGGAGUCCAGCUCGGGGUUCUAUAUCGAUCAGAAGCAUGCACCAACGCUCUCCUUUCAAUCUCGGAUGCCAGCAAGUUGUGAAUUUGGAUAUUUGCCACACUCGAAUUCAAACAUUUUCAGGCUUGUAACCAAUAUCAAGCCAGACGAUGUCCUUUCCGGUCGAGGGGGGGCAACGAAUUCACAUUCUGGAAACAGAGUCUUCAGGGCCCUUGUGAAACGUUAUCAAAGCAAAUAUCUCCAGGCAAAGAAACGUGAUAAGCCUGGAGUAGCCUCAACCAUUGUUGAAGCAAUUAGAAGAAAAGGAGGUCGUUUUCUUCGACGACAAGGCUCUCGAUUCGAUCCUGGCGUUGUAGCUUGGGUGGACAUUGGCGACGUACGAGCACGGGAAAAAACUUGUCAGGCACUCCGUGAAGGAGCCCCGGAAAUUCGAAAGAAAAAGAAUGAAUCCUUAGUUGAUGGCGGAGAAAUGAAAAAGGUGGUAAUUGGACGAAAAAUGCGUGGUACCGGUGUCGAUUACUCCCACCCGCAAACUGGUGUCCAGAAAAGUGAAAGUUUUGUUAUGUCCAGAGAGUCGGAGCGUAAGUGCAACUCAGUUUCUGCUGAUGCAGCCUCCGCCCAUUUUGUGAACGAUGAAGGGAAAGACGUUCCCAUCAUGAUUCGACCUUCAUUCGAACUCACGAAGAACGCGUUUGCUGAAGCCAUAUCUGUCGAUCAGCUCGAACCUCAUGAUCGCAUACUUUAUCUUCGAGAUUUCUUCCCUCCAGAUGCAGCUAUACCUCGUCGAGUUGAGACAACUUCGUCUUGCCAAUACAACCUUGGCCACUGUGACAGUUCUUUAUGUCCCUCUUUUUUUGUCGAGGUAUAG